CAGAUGAAAGAGUAGCAAUCCAACCUCACUGGUCUUUCUCGUUGGUCUGGGUGCCUUUGCCUGUGCAACUCUUAUUAUUGUGUUAUGCCCGCAGUGAUGACAUUAUCAAUCCAGGUAAAAUAAAAUAAAGAACAACGUAUUAACCGCGAAGAUAGACACGUGUGGCAUAAAGAAAGUAUAUAGAGAUACAGGAGAUAAAUCAUUUGGAGGAAGUGGAAGAGAAAAGGUGACAGAAAAACAAGGGGAAGGUGACAGAAAUGGUUUGAGCUGUUUUUAGCGUUGCUGUACAUCUAUUUUCUGAGGCUACAAAACUUUGGUGCAACUUCUCAGAUGGAAGACUGGAGUAAGCAUACUACUGGUCGGGAAGUAACAUUCAAACAAUCCAUGUAGAAAAGAAAUUGGUGAAGUGUGACAAUGAAGACGAGAAGGCAAAAUAAAUCAACCAGACAUGCAUCCUGACCCGACAAGAGGCAGCGGGGCCAGGACUGAAACGGAAUAAAAUCUUAGGGCAAACAUAAGGAUAUUGAUUAACUUUUCUGUCUAAUCCAUCCAUACAUCGUUGUACUUUACGCUUGUAUGUGACAUCAAUGGUCUAAGCCAGUGGGUUGGAUGUGAGUGCGAUAUCUGUUCUGGAUGUCUCAGCCAAACCCCUCCGUGGACACCCAGACUCUGCUUCAGUCCAUGCUCCAGAGACUCAGGCUUCAGCCAGGCUCAGAGACCCAGCACAGCUGGCAUGGACAGGACCCCCACAGCCCCACCACAGCCGCCCAGCACCAGGGGACGAAUGACGGGAGACCUGCGGCUGACAUCACUGUCAGGGGGGCCGAAGCUGAAAGGCGACAUGGAGCGGUCUGGGAGCGCGAGAUGGGGACCUGGGUCCCCAGUCAAAAAGAGAAAGACGAGGAAGUUGAUAAGCGACCAACCAACAUUCUCCCCAAGAUAGACGGGAGACAGGUGGUGUCAUCCCCUUCUGCUAGUUGGGAUUCCACGGUCCUCGCCCUGUCCCCCUCAGUGGGGAGGCUGCCAGCGGUGAUGACCUUCACAGGAACUCAGGUUCUUGAGAAUGAGGACCCUGUUAAGACACCCCCUCCUAGUAUCUCAUUGCUAACCUCAGAAACCGAGUGUUAUCAGAACCAUGACAGUUCCAUUGUCAUGACAUCAGCCUCUGGUUUUACCCCGAGGGUGUAUGCUUGGUCCUUGAAGAGCACACAGUCCUCUUUGGAUAUGGGGAAACGGAUGGACAGAUUGGGGAAUGGGGGGUCAGUUCUUUCGGGAGAUAGUGAUGUCGUGGAGCCUGUGUCACUGAGCGAAGGUGUAGCGAAAACCUCCUCUUCACCUAAGACGAGGAGGAGAUUGUCCGAUAACAUCCCCCUCAGGUGGACACAGAGAAUUAAGGAAAAAUGGAGAGACAGACAGGAGAAUUUGGAGAAGAAAAGGAAAGAGAAUCGAGUGAAAGAAAAGAGGAAAGAUACAAAACAAUCUGAAAUCUCCCCGCAACAUCAGCUGCCAGUCAGAGAAGAUAAUGUCACUAAAAUGUCAAAUGAAGAAGAUAUGACCAAUCAGUCCCCAAUCAGAGAGGGUCAAAGUGAACCCCCUUCCACUCUGUCAGAAGACAGCGGUACAGAGGGUCCCUUCAGAUCUCCAAGUCACUUUGAAUACGGCCUCGGGUCCUUCAGCUUGUUGGAAGAGAUCCUCACAGGGCAGGAGUGGGCCAGGUUUCUAAACCCUUCACAAGAAGACACCUCAGCUAAUCAAAGAACAGUUCAUGAGGCCACAAACCCAUCACAGACCAAUCAGAGCACACAAGGUAAAGAGAGAGACCAAUCAGCAUUGACGCAGGACCGAGCAAGCAGUUCACGACAGUUAAACAGUCACUGGGUCUUCACACCUCGCGAACUGGACCAAAAUUCAAAUCAAAGUGCUGAUGUUUCCACAACUGUCAAUAUGGAUAUCACAGUACAAAGCCUCGUCCAAGAACACAACCCAAAAUACCAGACCAUCCAAUCAGCGUCAAUGGAAUACGGCCCCGUCCAAUCACAAGUCUGCACAGAUGAAGUGAGGCCAAAUCAUAUCCCUGUGCGAGACGUCUCCAUCCUUAAGCCAGCGGACAUGUCAGAAGACACCGCCCUGAUGCGACGAGUUCACCUGAACAGGAAGAGGGCGCACCAGGCACAGGAGAGGAAGGACGUGAGGGAGCGUGUGAAAGCAGCUGAGGCAGAGAGAAUGGAGGACAACUUAGUCCCGGCUGAUGAGACGAGCAGCAAAGCCUGGGUGGAGGAAACGAGGGACGCGAGUGUGUUGCCUCUCUACCCCCUGAAAUCGUCCCUUUCCUCUCACCUGUCAUCCACCCCUUCUCGCUCCUCCGCCUCUGGUCCUCUUGUCAUCCGAAGUAUCCUGCGGCACUCCGGGUCUCAAGAUUCCGACUCCUUCCCGACGAUGGAAACCGCAACGAAAAGGAGGCGGAUGACAAACCCUAAUCGUGUGUGGUUCUCUGAGGAGGUGGUCACCAUACCACCCAACAUCCUUACCCUGGAGGAUCUUUGUUCUGAGGUGGAUUCUGGGACGGAAGAGGAUUCUUCUCCCGAUGAGGAUGCAGUGAUGGAGGAGGAGGUGAAGGUUGUGCCGAUGAAGCCACAGCCCACUGCUGCUCUCCCCGCUUGGGUGCAGGCUCUGAAGAAGAAGACGAGGAAACACAAACACUGAACAACAUUGGUCCUGUCAGAGCACAUCUUUUUCUUUACUAAGAUUUGGUCAAAAGUUUAGAUUUGGGUAGCCUUAUUUAACCAAAGACUUAGCAUGAGAGACCUGGCCAUUCGUGUAUAGCAGUUUCCAGAAAACAUAGCCAUGUUCCCUCUACAGUCAGAGUAGAACACAGAUAUGUUUUCUGGAAACCUGUGUAACCUCUGAAAAAUCGCAUUUCCUCUUCUAUGCCACAUCAAAUUCCUCCAGACUCUGGUACCAUUACUGAUAAAAUUGCUAAUGCUGAUUUUAAUCAAUGCUGUAUUUCAGCGGGGUACCAUUUUAAAAUAACAUCUAUGCGGAUUUGGGAGUUGGGGGUGAAAUACUGAUUUGUUUUUAUGGUGACAAUUAUUUAUUUUUUCUUUCCAGCUAUUCAGAGGUUAAGUCCUUGAUGCUUUGCUAGCUUCAAACAAAGAACUCCCAUGAGCAGACUAUCUCAACGAAGGGCUGCUUUAAUGUGCAACCCCAUUUAUCUCAGGGGUCUACAACCCAUAUGUUAAAUCUAACAUUGGUGUCAGGAGGUAUUCUUACAUCAUGGAAAGCUACUAAUGUCCUUCCUCUCCUUAUGAAUGGGGACACUAGCAAUCAUGAUAGCUAUGGACUGAAUCAUAAACUGUCUUGUCUAGCUAAGGUGUUAGUUGGUGAAUAUUUCUAUAUCAUCAGUCUGGUUUUACUCCAGGGCACAGCGCUGUUAAUGGUACCUUUCUGGUUGUAAAUUACUUUGAGUUUCUUUGUUUAUAUACAUAUCCAGCGCUUUUAACAUUUAAUGAAGUUGACCUCUUUAGGUUUGGUAAAUGACGCCAGUUAGUGAUUUUAGGACUACCUCUGUGGCAGAACUUCUGCUUGAUGAGAAGAUUUUUAUUCAAAACCGAUGAUGCCGAGUUAGUAGAGAAGCUGAAGAUCCAGAUGUGUGUUUUAUAACACGUUGAUUUAUCUCAGAUGACUGAACAUUGCAUGUUUUAUGAAAAAGUGGGAUGGAUGUGGGCUGUAUUUUCAAAGAGCAGCAUCCUCUUCUGUUAGUUUAUAAACGUCCAGGAUAUCUGGCUUCACUUGUCUAGGUUGAAAUAAUGAAAUACCUGAUAUGCUGCGAGUAGCUUUUGAUAAUACAACCUUUAUGUUUAAUGCCCUGCAGAAGUGGACUGCUUGUCAAUAAGUUGUUGUUUAUGUGGAGCUUUUUGUUUAGUUUUUCCUAAAACAUUUUGUACGAACGAAAGAAAGCGGUGUGUUUUCCCAAAAUAAGAUAAAGACAAUAAAUAUACACAUGUAUGGGUAAAUAUGUCCACACCUUUGACAGGUACUGUAUGUAUAUGGAAAGAAGACAGUCAAAACUUUAUAACAGCAUCUGAAACUUUUUUCAUGAAAUUCAAAUGUUUGAUUCCAGGUACUAUGUCUGUUGCCUAGCGCUUUUUCUGUAAUGGAAAAUCUGUCUCAUUGUACAGUUCCUAUGAACUUUCUUCACACUUUUGUCUUAUAGACUUAAUUUGUAAUUGAUAAAAAAAAAUUGCCAUCAAUCGGCACGCAAUUCCCCAUAAUGAUGAGGUAAAAAUGUGUUUUGAGAAAUGCCAACUAAUUGAAAAUAAAAAAGCUCUCAUGUACAUCAGUUUUCAGACCCUUAAUUAAAUAGUUUGGAGAUCAGCACCUUUGGCAGCAAUUACAUCUUUGAGUCUAACUGGAUUUGCCUCUGCCAGCUCUUGCACAUUUGGGAAGUUUCUCCCCUUCCUCCUUGCAGAUCUUCUCAUGCUGUAUGAUUGGACGCAAGGCGCCGGUGAACUGUGAUAUUCAGGCCUCCCCUCACAUGUUCAGGCAGGUUCAAGUCUGGGCUUUAGCUGGGCCACUCAAGGACAUUCACAAAAAAUUUCUUUCAUCAGACAAGAUAUUUUUCCUCAUUCAGAGUCUUUCAGGUGGUAAGCCAUAUACCUUUUACUGAGGAGCAGCUUCCGUCUUGCCACUACAACAAAAUCCUGAUUGAUGGAGAGCUGCAGAGAUGGUUGUCCUUGCGGCAGGUUCCACCAUCUCCAUAGAGAAACUCUUCAGUGACCAUUGGGUUCCAGGUCACCUACCUGUCCGAUGCCCUUCUGGCUCAGUCACUUAGUUUGGCUGGAUGGCCUGCGCAAAGAAACGUUUUGGUGGCUCCUUCUUCCUAAUUCCAUUUUACAAUGACAGAGCACACUGUACGUUCAACUUAAAAAAAUAAUUAUAACCUUCCC